AUGGCCAGUGAAGCAUUCGCAAUCGAUCAGUUCAACAAAGGGACCUGCGUGAGAUACGCCUGGGUUAUCGCACCAAUCCCCGGCCCGUACUCAUUGAUUUCGUCAGAUCUUCAGGAGAAAUGGAUCGUCCUCGUCGAGCUCCCGAUAAAACCAGAGAGAUAUUUCCCUGACGAGGGAAAUCGGUGCAAGAUUACCUUCCUUCACACCUUCAUCUUCGGCGGCAUUACACAAGAACAAAGCAUGCUCGUGGCUGAGCGGAUUCCGAAUCCAUACGAUGACAUGCCAGGAGUACAUCCGUAUUCAUCUUAUGCGGUUUUCACUGUAACGACAGAGUACCUCGCCCACCCGGUUACCAAAGAGCGAUUUCACCCCUUGUCUUCAAUCAAAAUUGAUCCGCCCAUUGACAUCAACUCCCUGCCUACCCCUUUGACUUUGGAAAAUGCAGUCGAGUGCAAACUCAAAGUCGACUCAAACCCGGCUACCUACGAGGCUGAGUUGUCAGCGUUGUCUAUCUUGACGCAACCGAAGAAGGAGUCGAAUGCUCUACCAACAACAACCCUGGGAACGUUUGAGUAUCUGCUGGACUUUCGAAAAGAACCUGGUUUCCGAGUCAACCUUUUUGAGAAGAUGCCGCACAUGAACCAACCAAGCAAGCACCCAAACAUCUUUUUGCAGAACACAUACAGCCGGCUAAACCGUGAUCACAAGUCUGUCUACGAACAGCUUCGUCAAAUUCCAGCUGGCCUUGCUCUUAUCCUUGGAUGCCCGGGGGCUGGGAAGACAGCGCUAAACGCAUUUAUCUCGGCUAUAGCGUUGUCCCAGCCCGUCAAGGAACUUCGACGCGAUGGCAAGCAAAGACGCAAGCCAGUCAAGAUUCUUUACUUGUUGGACGUUAAUCAUCCGUGCGACGAUGCUGCUAACAGAGUUUACGGCAUGCUGAGGGAUGCUGGCAUCCAGAAGUCAGUCAUCCGGGUUCGUGGUUGCGCCUGCGAGAUGAACAACAGCGUAAAGCUCCACCCAAAGCCGCGUGAUUCGAAGGAAGAGACAACUCCAGACUUCACCGCAGGUUUUCUUAGGCAAGCUCGUCUGUCUAAUGAUGUACAGCGAGGUCACCGUAAUGAUAACCGAGCGCCAACAUUGGAUGAAGUGGCCUGGGACAGGUACGAGGCUGACCAAACCAAAUACAUGGCCCUGGCAAAGAUCUUGGACAAGCUAGGCCAGGGUGCGACCAAGACAAGCCAGACGGCAAAAGAAUUAAAGAAAUCCGUUGCGAGGCUUUACUUCUCCGUCAUAAGAGAAGCCGACUUCAUAGCCACCACGCCGGUUGGUGCGGCCGGCUAUCUCAGUAAAAUGUUUCGUCCUGAUAUCGUGUUCCUUGACGAAGCUGCACACGCCAGAGAGCUGACCGCCAUGAUUCCGAUCGCUCUGUAUUCGCCACAUGCGUUUAUUCUUACGGGUGACACACGACAAACUCGGCCUUUUGUUGAGGGCGUCAGUGGUGCAGAGAAAGGCGUCCGAGAGAACAUUUACGCUAGGCAGCUGACGAUCAGCACAAUGGAAAGAGCAGACCUAGCUGGAGCUCUGAGCAACAAACUCCUCAUCAGUCACCGGAUGUACGGCAACCUUCAAGAGCUGGCAUCAGAGCUGUUUUACGAUGGGCUGUUGACGUCGGGUCUAUCCGAGCCGCAGCGUUUCCCUGAACCAGUCCGCCACAUCCAAAGAUGGUUCUCAAAGGUCAUUGGCGGUAAGGAAUGUGUGGUACCUCGGCUUCUCCUGAACCACCGAGGCUCGAUGGAGGCCAGCGACAAAGCCAGCUUCUACAACCCCGUCCACGAGGCCUUCAUCCAAAAGCGAUGUCGGGAGCUGCUUGAAGAUUCGAACUUCAGGCGCAUUGACCAGCCUGACAAGCCUGGCCGGAUUCUUAUCAUCACGCCUUACAAGGCUGCUUUAGUGAGAUAUAAGCGGUUUAUCAAGAAUCUUCCAUCCGAACUCCAGGGCAAGCUCGAGAUUGAAGUGAAACUCAACGCAAUGGAAGCUCGUACAAUUGAUUCGGCUCAAGGUCAUGAAGCGGAUUUUGUGUUUGUCGAUACCGUCCGGACGAAGAGUGCUGGAUUCCUAAACGACCCCAAAAGACUCUGUGUCAUGCUCACACGCGCCAGAAUUGGUGAGAUGGUACUGAUGCAUGAGGGCAUAACGAAGCGAUGGGGCGGUGGAAUGGGCUUCCUAGAAGCUGAGUGGACAACGAAGGUGUAUGAGCACUGCCGUCGGAACGGUCAACUAUAUCAUAUUGAACGAAGCAUGUAA